CCUCUUUUUGUUGCACUCUUGUUUCUCAUUCUGUACAAAAACACUUGCUCAGACACAUUCUAUCUCUCCAGCUUUAUGAUCGGAACAUUAAGUUCUUAUGGGCACUCUUUCCCCUUCUUUUUCAUGGUAUCCUAAACAGCCUCGAGGCAGUUUUUACUUCCCUCAUGGCUACAAUUUCGGAGCCUUUAGUCGCUUCUCCUUUCUUUGACAUGGCAGUACAGCGACCUGGCUGUCUACUCUUUAUCCCCAGAGAAUCAUGAUAGCCUCGAAUAUUACACCAGGAGCUUCUGACACAAACUGGAAUGGCUGUGGACUCACCAAGCUUCGUGCAGGCAUGCUUCCCUUUGUGGUUUUGCUCCUUGGAUGGAGUCUCCCACAGUCAUCAGGCUGGCUACUGUACCCUCAGAAUGUGGGGGUGCUUUCAGAAGACUUCAGAAGCACCCUUUACUGGCAUCCAGCGCCAGAGAACCCAAAUGAUACCAACUACACGGUUGAAAUCUGUAGCAGAAGCCCUUCUUAUCACUGGACUGAAGUGGAUGGUUGUGUCAAUACCUCUGCCAAAAGCUGCAGCCUCUCCAAACACUUUGAAGAUUUCCAUUUAAUUUAUUUUGUAAGGGUGAAAGCAGUUUGGCACAAUAAUGCUUCAGACUGGGUCAAUGUGUCCUUUCAGCCUUACGAAGAUUCCAACCCGAGCAUUCCACAAAUCACCAUAUCCUUAAUAGACCAAACCAUCGAGGUGUAUGUCGUCCAUGCACUAGCACCAUCUUGGACGAGUUUGGAAGCCACUGUCUUUCUAUAUAAAGAUGAAGACUUCAACCAGACUAUGAUGCAGAAGAAAACUUUUGAACAAGGAUAUGAAAACUUGACCAUUAUCUUCAAAAAUGUUCCACCAGGCAAAUAUUGUAUUGAUGGAUUUGUAGAAGCUCGUCGCAAAAGUGGACCAACUAAAAAAAAAUGUAUUAGUCUGGGAGCCUUGCACAAUGGUCCAGGUUCACUGAAGAUUGUGUUCUCGAUCGUGGCCGCACUUCUACUACUACUGCUGCUAGCACUGCCACUGCUAUUGGUGUUCUUCUGUUAUGUGAAACCCAGAAUUUCUGAUCUUCACUUUCCUAAAACUUUGGAUUUUCUCGAAAAAGAAGCCACUCUGAAAAGAAACAACAAAUAUCUCAAUGUCACCUCAGCAAGGAGUAACAUCCUGCCUCUCUAUACACAAGUCCUGAUUAUCUCCUCUCAGUGUCCUUCUAGACAAAGGGCCGAAAGCGAGCAACCAGAGCAAGUUCUGCGAGAUGGAUAUGGUGGCAACAAUGAAGAAUAUAACAGUUACCCGACUAAUAGUCUAUUUGAUGAGCCUCUUGACCAGAAGUGCUCUUAUCAUACAGAUGGAUUUUCUGACUUGUCUAAGGUGUAUUGUGACAAACACGACUCUGAAAGAUCAGCAGUGUCUAAAGGAUAUGACAGUAAACAAUGUCUUUUUGGGAGUGAUCUAGAACUGAAAAUGGAGGGUGAUCUGGAAAAUUACUUUCAAGGUUCACAGCCUCAGUCCAAGAAUCCAGAAGACACUAAAAAUACAGACCUGCAGAAAGAUGUUCCGCUUUCUUCUGUGAAUGUUUUCACUGAUGAGGGGGAAAAGCUUUACCUGUGUGACAGACAUUCUUUAAGCAAUGAUUUAUCCAAGUUACCACUCGUUGAACCUUACAGCACAUACAAGGAAGAAUGUCAUAAUCUGAUGGUAUCUAGAGAUUUACUUCCCAGAACUUUCUCAGAGGAGGAUUUUGACUAUCAGAAGUCAUACCAGGAUCUCUCCUCAGGAUACAGGGACUGCUCUGAUUUGUUAAAUCCUGAUGCUUUUGCUGGGCUGGCAAUGUAUACAGGGACUAAAAAUGAGCCUUCUUAUGGUGGAUAUGAGAGUCGUCCUAGCCCCUUUGUGUCCUGACAAACAUUAGGAAUAAUGUCAAGAGAUUUGUGGCUUCCAAUUUCCUCUCCUUUAGGAGAAAAUCAAGAAACAGCAAACUGCUUUAACAAGAGCUUAAGUAAAAGAUUAUUUUUACAUUUGGAAGAGCGACUCUUGUUUCUAAAGCUCAAGGCAUACAUACUCUGAUCAUAAUGUUUUUACCUUAGUACUGAUGAGGUCAGUGACAACUCUGAAAUAGCAGGGGUCACACAGGUUAGAUGAUUUUAACAAUAAUAUUCUGGAAAUGUCAAACUGCUUCUUUUUGAAAUUGUCAGAAAGUAUAUCUUAAAGAAUUAGCAAGUUUCUUCAACAGUGAUGGUUUCCAGGGACAGGGAGAUCCCAGUGCCUUGAGGUAUUUGUUCCAUCCAGUUUCAUAUACUGUUAAUGAUUUUAUUGUUUAAUUGGUGGUUUGUUUCUUUUCUUCUUCGUCUUCUUCUUCAUCAUCUUUUCUCACUUCUGUUUGGGCUUGACCCACCUUCUCGAAACAGCUUGGCUCUGCACCUUCUCGUCUCUCAAUCCCUUUUCCUUCAGAUCUUCUUUAACUUUACCAAUCUACCUCCACUUUGGCCCUCCCUUGGUUUCUCUUCUCCUAUAUUUCCAUUCCUAUCACUAUCUUGCCCACAUAUUCAUUGUCUCUCUCCAUUAAAUGUCCAUACCUUUUCAGUCUACCUUCCUGUACUUUCUUAGAUAUCUCUCCCACUUUUGUUGUACCUCUGAUUGUCUCAUUUCUUAUUCCAUCCUUUUUAGUAACUCCACACAUCCAUCUCAAGCUGUAGUGAGAGGUUUGCAUUCAUUAGAAAUUUAGAAAUACAGUAGUUGCAUUUUUGCUUCCAUAAUAGUAUACUAAUAAUGACAAUUAACAAUUGAGCAAAGUAGACACAGGACUGGGGUCUCACAGGACUGGAAUUGGAAAUCAUUACCCUAAAAUUUAGCAUUCAUUGCUAGAAGAUGAAGAACAUCUAAUUUUCAGGACACACCAUUUCCUUUUUAAAUUCAGCUAGGCAGCCAAUGUUUAUAGUGUAAAAUGGUGCAAACCUUAAAACUCUAUCUGUAUCUCCAAUUUGGGAGAUAAAAUGUCUCAUUUCAAAAUUACAGACAUUUGUGGGCCAAAUCCCGAAUAAUAUGGGUACAAGACAACAGCAGCAGCCCCUGCCCGUGUUUGAAGACAUCAGGGAAAAACCUCUGCAGCUUUCCAUUAACUUCAAAAAAUAAUGCAAUACCUCGUCUUAUCUUAAUUAUUUAUUUUUCAUUUUUGACUGCUCUUUGACUUGUUUAGAAAGAAUAUGCUGUAUAUUUUUAUAGUAAAUGAGUAUAGUAAAUGAGAACAAACUCACCUCAUUUGUGUGUCUUUCUUCUAAAAAUGCUAGGAUGGUUCAUUUCAGCUGAACUAAAUCAAAACUUAAAAUAAAAGCAAACAAUCUGGUCAUCAUGAGUUUUACCUUGUGGAGAGUCGAUCUCCUUACCAAAGCCCAAAAACUAGUGUUCCCACAUGGGAAAUUGAUUAGACACUGUUUUGGUUUUUUUUUUCUCUCUCUAUUGAGCAGGGCCUUAGUGAAUCUUUUCAGUCAGGCUGCCACAUGUACUCUUUUCUGUCCUCUUUAUAGAAAUUUGUACGUUUAUUAGUGUACAUCAAGCAUUGGGGUCUACGACCCUGAGACGUGACUAUAAAAUGUCACAAAUAGGAGAGUGAAAUUCCACGACAGUGCAUUAUAAGAAAGGGAUAACUUGUUAUGUUGCAGCCGCGGUUUGUUCCCUCACAUACUGUAUGUUUAUUUUCUAUUCUAUUGUUAUUUUUGUUGUUUUUGAGAUAUCAUU